AUGACCUGUGGCUUCAGCAAUGUGGGCUGUGGAUUUGGCCCCAGGAACUUCAGCUGCGCCUCCGCCUGCGGGCCCCGGCCCGGCCGCUGCUGCAUCACGGCCGCCCCCUACCGCGGCAUCUCCUGCUACCGAGGCCUCACCGGGGGCUUUGGCAGCCAGAGCGUCUGCGGGGGCUUCCGCUCUGGCUCCUGUGGCCGCAGCUUCGGAUAUCGCUCGGGCGGCGUGUGCGGACCCAGCCCGCCCUGCAUCACCACCGUGUCGGUCAACGAGAGCCUCCUCACGCCCCUCAACCUGGAGAUCGACCCCAACGCGCAGUGCGUGAAGCACGAGGAGAAGGAGCAGAUCAAGUGUCUCAACAGCAGGUUCGCCGCCUUCAUCGACAAGGUGCGCUUCCUGGAGCAGCAGAACAAGCUGCUGGAGACCAAGUGGCAGUUCUACCAGAACCGCAAGUGCUGUGAGAGCAACCUGGAGCCACUGUUUGAGGGCUACAUCGAGACGCUGAGGCGGGAGGCCGAGUGUGUGGAGGCCGACAGCGGGAGGCUGGCCUCAGAACUCAACCACGUGCAGGAGGUGAUGGAGGGCUACAAGAAGAAGUAUGAAGAAGAAGUUGCACUUCGGGCCACAGCAGAGAACCAGUUUGUGGCUCUAAAGAAGGAUGUGGACUGUGCCUACCUCCGCAGAUCAGACCUGGAGGCCAACGUGGAGGCUCUGACCCAGGAGAUCGACUUCCUACGGCGACUAUAUGAGGAGGAGAUCCGUGUCCUCCACGCCCACAUCUCAGACACCUCAGUCGUCGUCAAGAUGGACAACAGCCGGGACCUGAACAUGGACUGCAUCAUUGCUGAGAUCAAGGCUCAGUACGAUGACAUCGCCAGCCGCAGUCGUGCUGAGGCUGAGUCCUGGUACCGCAGCAAGUGUGAGGAGAUGAAGGCCACGGUGAUCCGGCACGGGGAGACCCUACGCCGCACCAAGGAGGAGAUCAAUGAGAUCCAGAGGCUGACCGCCGAGGUCGAGAAUGCCAAGUGCCAGAACACCAAGCUGGAGGCUGCAGUAACCCAGUCUGAGCAGCAGGGCGAGACGGCCAUCAGCGACGCACGCUGCAAGCUGGCGGAGCUGGAGGCCGCCCUGCAGAAGGCCAAGCAGGACAUGGCCUGCCUGCUCAGGGAGUACCAGGAGGUGAUGAACUCCAAGCUGGGCCUGGACAUCGAGAUCGCCACCUACAGGCGCCUGCUGGAGGGCGAGGAGCAGAGGCUAUGUGAAGGCAUUGGAGCUGUGAAUGUCUGUGUCAGCAGCUCGCGGGGCGGGGUUGUCUGUGGGGACCUCUGCGUGUCUGGCUCCCGGCCGGUGGUAGGCAACGCCUGCAGCGCCCCCUGCAGUGGGAACCUGGCGGUGAGCACCGGAAUGUGCGCCCCCUGCUGCCAGCUCAACACCACCUGUGGAACGGGGUCCUGCGGCCUAGGGAGGUGUUAGAGCCAGAGAAACCCCUUUUGCCUGCCAAGUGUCACUACCUCCGCCCCCGCUGAGAACAGCGGCGCCUCCAUAGCUCUUCCCCCUAUGUUCUGAGAAUACAUUACUCAGCUCGUUCCCAUCAGCCCAAUCCUCUAUGCAUCUUGUCCAACCAGAGGGGGUUGCUGCCUGGAAUGGACCCUUCCAUUCCGCCGGCUUCCCUGGGCUCUCCUUCCCCGGAAGGAGCACUGCUGGACUGCCUCUCCUGCCUCUGGCCCCUUGCCUACAUUUUUCCAAUAAACUG